AUGGGUACAACUAUGGAGUGGUUCCAUAACAACUUCAGAAAUACUUGGAAGGUGCUCUACGGGGCUUGUUCAAGCGGGAAACGCCCUGCGAAUAUGAGCAUAAGACAAUUCCUGAACACCGGCUCAGAGUUCGCUCAUCAUCUCACUAUGCAUCAUACCAUUGAGGAGCAGCACAUCUUUCCCGUACUUGCGCAGAAAAUGCCAGCAUUCAAGAAGGAGUUGGAACUCCUUACUCAGCACAAGCAGAUACACAAUGGCCUCGAUAAGUUUGAAGCAUACAUUGACGAUUGCAAAGCUGGGAAACGUGAUAUGCGAAUGGACGAGCUCAAAGAAAUCAUGGAUUCGUUCGGCACGGUUCUCUGGGCCCAUCUGCAAGACGAAGUUGACCAGCUCUCCGUUGAUAAUAUGAGGAAAUAUUGGUCUUUGGACGAAGUAAGAAGGUUACCGAUGUGA